AUGUUGGAGCCUAAUUACACUGCGCCAGCCGAGUUUGUACUUGUGGGAUUCACAGAUUUCCUCCCUCUCAGAAUCACCUUGUUUGUGGUAUUUCUUGUAGUGUACAUGUUAACUGUGUCAGGAAAUUUGGGCUUAAUAAUCCUAAUUAACACUGAUCGCAGCCUCCGAAAUCCAAUGUAUUAUUUUCUGAGCAACUUGGCUUUCUUGGACAUCUGCUACUCUACAACAAUUGCUCCCCAGAUGCUGGCAAACUUCGUGGCCUCCAAGAAGCGCAUCUCCUUCCAGGGCUGCGCCCUGCAGAUGCUCUCCUUCGCCUGCUGCGUGGAUGCGGAGUGCCUGGUCCUGGCUGCCAUGGCCUACGACCGCUAUGCUGCCGUCCGCCAGCCUCUGCUGUACUCUGCCCGGAUGACUCCCAGGUUCUGCCUCGGCCUGGUCCUGCUGGCCUACGCCAGUGGAAGCACCACCUCGCUGGUGCACGUCUCACUGGCCUUCAGGCUUUCGUACUGUGGCUCUAACGUGGUCGAUCAUUUCUUCUGUGACAUUCCCCCACUUCUGGCUUUGUCGUGUGUGGAUACUCACAUCAACCAGCUUCUACUCUUUGCCCUGUGUGGUUUCAUUCAGAGCAGCACCUUUGCGGUCAUAUUUAUCUCCUACGCCUGUAUCCUCCACACCGUAUUGCUCAUGAAGUCUUCUGGCGGCAGAAGCAAAGCUUUCUCCACCUGCACACCCCACCUCCUGGCUGUGGCCUUAUUCUAUGGGACACUCCUAUUCAUGUACUUGCGCCCUGCCGCCAGCUACUCCCUGGCCUUGGAUAAAGGCAUUGCUGUGUUUUACACUGUUGUCUUUCCCAUGUUCAACCCAAUCAUCUAUAGCUUCAGGAACAAGGAUGUGAAAAACGCACUUAAAAAGCUUCUUGAAAAAGAGUGGAUUUUCAGAUGA